UGAAGCCAAGCUCACCGACUUACUGUGGAAGACCAUUGAAGAACCGCAAGGUGGAGGAAGGGGGAUUUUGUUUCAAUAUUUAUUCUUUAAAAUGGAGAAAGAGAAAAAUAGUCAUAGUCGUCGAAGAGGAUUUACAGAGUCCACAAUGCAGACGGGUCAAUUACGGACCUCUAUAUUUCCAAACUUCGUAAAUAAUCGACCAAGACGAAUUCAGAUCUCAAGAGUUACUUCUCUUCUCUUGAUUUCUGUGUUUUGGGAGAGGAGAUCGAGUUUUAUGAAAUUUGCAAGAAUUGAGAGUCAGGAAGGUUUGCAUUUUGCAAGGUUUCCUGGAUUUGUACUUUGUUAAUGGUCAUACCUGCUCUCUUCUUCCGAGGGUUCUUCUAUCUCUGUCAAAAAUGGUGGCUGCUGCAAUGGCAAGAUCAGAAUUAGGGUUAGGGCUAGGUUUGUCAUUCUUCCUCUUGUUCUUUUUCGUUGGAGCAGAAGCUAAGUGUGGGAGCAGCUGUGAUCUGGGUUUGGCUUCUUAUUAUCUGUGGGACGGCUGUACUCUCACAUACAUCGCUACCGUCACAAGCAAUACUAUUAAUGAUAUUCUUAGCUACAACAAACAAACGAUAACCAACAAGGAUACUGUUGCAGCCGGAACCAAGGUAAUCGUUCCUUUCUCCCCCUGCAAAUGCAUCAACAAUGAGUACUUGGCUCAUGUAUUCACGUACCAAGUCAUCAAAGGCAACACCUACGAUUAUAUCGCUAAGACGGUUUAUGCGAACCUCACGACCACGAAGUGGUUGCAGAGUUGGAACAGUUACCCUGCCGAAAACAUUCCAGACACUGCCCAGCUCAGUGUUGCUGUCAAUUGCUCUUGUGGAGAUAGCAGUGUCUCCAAGGCUUAUGGGUUGUUUGUGACUUACCCUCUUCGCCCUGGUGACAACUUGUCUUCGGUCGCCAAUGAAUUCGGCGUAAGUUCUAGUUUACUGCAGGCUUACAACCCCAACACAAAUUUCGACCUUGGUAGUGGUUUGGUGUUCGUUCCUGGCAAAGAUCCAAAUGGAACAUUUCCACCCUUGAAGACAAGUUCAGCAGGAUUACCAAGUGGAGCUAUCGCUGGCAUAUCUGUCGCAGGAGUAGCCAUGGCACUGUUUCUGGCAGGUUUUAUUAUCUUUCUGGUUUACAGAAGGAAGAAGGUUAAAGAGGCGUCAUUGCUUCACUCAGCAUCUGAACUUCAUUCUAUUCAUCAUGAGCGUCGUUCUGGGAGUACCUCGGAUAAAGCUACUGAAUCAAGUACUCUUGUUGGGGGUAUGUCCUCCAGACUUGCAGCUAUCACUGUGGACAAAUCAGUGGAGUUCUCAUACGAAGAACUUUCUAAGGCUACAAAUGACUUUAAUAUUGCUAGCAAAAUUGGUGAAGGUGGGUUCGGGGCGGUUUACUAUGCAGAGCUGAGAGGCGAGAAAGCUGCAAUCAAGAAGAUGGAUAUGCAAGCCUCAAGAGAGUUCCUUGCUGAAUUGAAGGUUCUGACGCAUGUUCAUCACUCGAACCUGGUGCGCUUAAUAGGAUACUGUGUUGAGAAUUGUUUAUUUCUGGUAUAUGAGUUUAUUGAGAAUGGCAAUUUAAGCCAACAUUUGCGUGGUUCAGGGAAGGAUCCACUUCCAUGGUCUACUAGGGUACAAAUUGCCCUUGAUUCAGCAAGAGGUCUUGAAUACAUCCAUGAGCAUACUGUUCCUGUCUAUAUCCAUCGUGACAUUAAAUCAGCUAACAUUUUGAUAGACAACAACUAUCAUGCCAAGGUUGCAGAUUUUGGGUUAGCAAAACUGACAGAAGUUGGAAAUUCAAUGCCUACACGUCUGGUGGGUACAUUUGGAUACAUGGCCCCAGAGUAUGCUAAAUAUGGUGAUGUUUCUCCUAAGGUUGAUGUCUUUGCUUUUGGAGUUGUCCUUUAUGAACUUAUUUCGGCCAAGGAAGCUGUGGUCAGGGCAGCUAGUAUUGAAUCAAAAGGACUCGUAGCCUUGUUCGAGGAUGCUCUUAGUCAGCCCGACCCAAAAGAUGAUCUCCGCAAAUUAGUUGACCCGAGGCUUGGGGAUGACUAUCAGCUCGACUCAGUUCUUAAGAUGGCUCAGCUUGCCAUGGCUUGCACACAAGAAAAUGCCGAGUUGAGGCCAAGCAUGAGGUCAGUGGUGGUUGCACUAAUGACCCUUUCCUCAUCAACUGAGGAUUGGGAUGUCCGUGCAUUCUAUGGAAACCAGCCAUUAGUAAAUCUAAUGUCAGGAAGGUAGCAGCUGGCAGGAGCCACCUGAUGUUCAUAUAACUAGCCCCUUCUGGAACGACUUCGGAUUCCUCAGCUUUGCUUGUGCAAAAGCAUGCAUAGUAUGAGAACUUGUUGGUUGAACUGUGUGAAAUGCUGCUUGACGAGGCCAUGACUAAGAGGAUGAAGAGAAAACAGUGAGGGUAAGUGGGGAGAAAGGAUAUGAAAAUAUUCGAUCACCUUGAUUGAGCACACAAUCCCAAUAAUGUGUAUAAGCAAAUCAACCUGCAAUUUGCAGAUUUUAAACCCUUUGGUGCUGGCAUUCUUUGUAGAGAGUUCAAUUAGAAUUACAACCCGAGUUCUUCCAGUUUUAUUUUCAUAUUCAAUACUAUUGUUUACAAACAGCAAAGUGAAACAUGCAUGUUGGGAUGUAGUUGGAGAAGGUUCAUUAUUUUGCCCUAAA